AUGUCCACAAAUGAAAAGUUCCAGGCUGGCGUGACAUACGCAGAUGCUAAGAAGUCAUCUUCAUCAAACUUUUUUGCCGAUCCUCUAAAGGUUGCGACUGACUUGCUGAAAGAUGGCGCUGGCGUCAAAAAAGAAGUAUCCCUCCCAGAGCUUGUAGGUCUCAUCAAGGGACUCUUGCAGGAGGGAGAACCGCUCGAUGACAAGAAAGGGCAACUCCUUAUUGGAAUCCUUACCUCUCUGCCGUCCACCUCGAACACCCGGGUGCAAUUGACUAGCAAGCUUAUCGACACGCUUUGGGGCAACCUGCAGCAUCCGCCGCUGAGCUACGUUGGUGGCGAUGUCAAGUAUGAUGUCGUAAAUCCCCAGGGUGAUGAGGCCAAAGAAAAAGCUCAGCAUUACGACACCAUCGAGUUCAAAGUACCGGACAGUGACGUCGUCCUACGGGAGCAAGUGCCACAAGCACCCGAUGGACUGCACCACUACCGAAUGCCUGAUGGCAGCUUCAACAACAUCCUCGAGCCCAACCUGGGCCGCGCAGGAACGCCGUAUGCGAAAUCUGUCCGGAACACGAAGAACCUCCAUGGUGUCAAGCCCGACCCUGGCUUGCUCUUUGACCUGUUGAUGGCUCGCGAGGAGGGAGGCUUCCAGGAGAACUCGGCCGGCAUCUCGUCCAUGCUCUUCUACCACGCAUCCAUCAUCAUCCACGACAUCUUCCGUACUAGUCGAACAGACAUGAACAAGUCGGACACUUCAUCCUACCUGGACCUGGCCCCCCUGUACGGGUCGUCGCUCAAGGAUCAACUUGAGAUUCGGACCAUGAAAGAGGGACGUCUCAAGCCGGAUACGUUCCAUGAGAAGCGUCUUCUGGGGCAGCCUGCUGGCGUCAAUGUCAUGUUGGUCCUCUACAGCCGUUUCCACAAUUAUGUCUGCGACAUCCUGUUGAAGAUCAACGAGAACGGGCGCUUUUCUUUGGUGGCCGGACCUGAAGCUGGCCCGGAGGAGAGAGCCAAGGCAUUGGCCAAGCAGGACCACGACUUGUUCAACACCGCCCGACUGAUUGUCGGUGGUCUCUAUAUCAACAUCUGCCUACACGACUACCUGCGUGCCAUCACGAACACGCACCACUCCAAGAGCGACUGGACCUUGGAUCCUCGUGUCGAGAUCGGCAAGCAGUACGAUGGCGAGGGUGUCCCACGCGGUGUCGGCAACCAGGUCAGUGUUGAGUUCAAUCUGCUGUACCGGUUCCACUCGUGCAUAUCUCAGAAGGACGAGCGUUGGAUCAACGGCUUCUUCCUCAAGCUGUUCCCAGGUCGUAACCCGGACGACCUCCAGAACGUCAGCUGGGCCGAUCUAGGCCAGGCACUCCUCCGGUUCGAACAGCAGAUCCCCAAAGACCCGAGUACUCGCACGUUCGACGGCCUCCAACGCCAGGCGGACGGAACGUUCAAGGACGAGGACCUCGUACGCGUUCUGAAGGAGGCCAUGGAGGACCCUGCCGGAACCUUUGGUGCUCGCAUGGUGCCGAAAGCCCUCAAGAUUGUAGAGGUCCUGGGCAUCAACCAGGCCCGCAAGUGGCAGGUCGCGUCGCUGAAUGAGUUCCGCGAGUUCUUCGGGCUCAAGCGAUACGACUCCUUUUCCGAGAUCAACUCGAAUCAGGAGAUUUCAAGAAUCCUCGAGCAGCUCUACACGCAUCCCGACAUGGUCGAGCUCUAUCCUGGCCUGAUGAUCGAAGACACCAAGCCUGUCCGUAACGCGGGAUCCGGUAUCUGCCCAACUUACACCGUCGGCCGGGCUGUGCUCUCUGACGCCGUGACGCUCGUACGCUCUGAUCGGUUCAAUACGCUCGACUACACCGUCUCUAACCUGACAAGCUGGGGUUACAAUGAGGUACAGCAGGACUACAAGACCCUCGGCGGGUCCAUGCUGUACAAGCUCAUCCAACGUGGCGUCCCCGGGUGGUUCCCGUUCAACUCAAUUGCUGUCAUGCAGCCCAUGUACACGAAGAAGGCGAACGAGAAGAUUGCGCGUGAGAUUGGCACGAUUGACCUGUACACCAUGGAUGACCCCAAGGCUCCUCCCAAGCCAAUCAUUGUCACAUCCAGCGCUGCCAUCAAGCAGACCUUGGACAACCCAAAGCAGUUUGCUGUCCCGUGGCUCAAGGCGCUCAACGCCAUGUUACCCGUGAAAAAAGAUAUGGGCUGGUUCAUGCUGGCAGGGGAUGAACCUCGCAAUCGCGAGCACCGUGCCAGCGUGAUGAAGGCUCUUGGAAAGCUGCCGAAGCUUCACCAGGCCGUGCAUGCCUUUAUCGACCGCGUUGGUGGCAAGUUGAUGGAGCAGGAGGCAUUCAAACUCAAGGAGGGUCUGCACCAGAUCGACAUCAUACGUGAUGUUGCCAUCCCGCUGAACGCUCAGUUGCUUGCUGACCUCUUCUACUUUGAUCUGCGAACUGAUGAGAACCCAUCGGGCACUCUUGGCACUGCUGAGCUGUACCGCCUCCUUCUCAAUAUCCGGACCUGGGGCGCAAACAACAACGAUCCUGGCCAGGCCUGGAAUCGCCGCCGCCGUGCCAUGGAGGGUGUCACGUCCAUCACCCAGACGACGCGGAAGUUGGUUGACGAGGUCUCGGCCUCCCGUGGCUACGGCCUGGGCAUCGUUUCCACACUGUCGAACUACACCACUCGCAAGGGGUCCAUCAAGAAGGACUCGCUCCGGUCAUGCGGGUACCAGUUUGUUGAAGAGUUGCUAAACCAAGGUAUCUCGGCUGAACGUGUUGUCGACACCUUGUGGCUUACAGCAUUCGGUGGCGUUGGCGUACCGGUGACAGCGUUCUAUGAGGUCAUGGACUUCUUUCUCAAACCCGAGAAUGACGCCAUCUGGGCCGAAGUCCAGAAUCUCGCGCAGAAGGAUGACCACGAUACUUUGCACGCAUACAUUGUCGAAGCACAGCGUCUCACCACCUCGCAGCGCACUGUGCGUGUCGCCACGCAAGCCACUGAGCUUCAGGGCCAGAAGGUCCAACCUGGAGAUCUCGUGGUCGUGAUGCUGGGAGAGGCUGGGCGGAACCCCAAGGAGGUGGCCAACGCCGACAAGUUUGAUCCUCGCCGCAAGUCCGAACCCGUCACGGCAUACAGCUAUGGUGUCCACGAGUGCGUAGCAAAGGACAUUGCGCUGGCAUUUGUGACUGGGCUGGUAAAGUUGGCUGCAGAUCUCAAGCAAUUGCGACCUGCGCCGGGUCAGAUGGGCCAGGUCAAGACCAUCCGCGUAGGGAGCGAGAAGGCGUACCUCAACGACAGCUGGUCUUACCUUGCGUUUGAUGCCAGCACUUGGAAGGUCCACUUCGACGGCCAUGGAACAGGGAGCUUCAAGGGAGAUCGCAAUCCCACAAAGACCAUGGACAUGCAGAAAUACUACCAUCUGCUUCAAAAGCGCAAGGAUGAGUUGACAGGCCGCUAG